GUCACCUAUCAGGUGCCAUCAUGAAAUUGAAAUUUUGAAGACAAAAACUUGAAAUCAGAACAAUGGCUAAAAUGAUGAAACUUUUAUUCCAUUUUGUAAGCGCAUUUCUUGUGUUAAAUUGUGUAUCUGCAAGGAGAAUCAGUUACGAAUUAAAAGGAGUUCACUCACCUGGCAGGAUAUACAAUAGAAUGACUCGAGCCGCAGGAGUAGUUGAGCACUUAGCUAAUAAUGGAAAUGGUAAUGGAAACAUUGAGUUUUUGGGUGCUGCCAAAAGUAGUCCAGUAGAACUACUAGGCCAUAGCGCACCUGUUGAAAUGUUAAAUGAUGAAUAUUACUAUGAUGGUGGUAAUAACUAUGGUGACGAUGAUAAAUUAUAAAUAAUUGAAAAUAAAACUUGCCAGCCAAUUGUACAUAAUC